UCCCUCGGACACAGCGGAUCACCGAUCCAUGGAAAGAACCAAAGAUGUCGGCUCGGUCAUGUGACCAGCUGUGUCCAAUCACAGCUGAUCGCAUGGGACAUGUACACUGAUCAUCAUGGCACUGAUGAUCAGUGUGCCCUGAUGAUCAGUGUAGCCCCAGCAGUGCCACUUGUCAGUGUCCAUCAGUGCCAGCUCUCAGUGCUCAUCCAUGCCACCUGCCAGUGCCCAUCAGUGCUACAUCCAUGCAACAUGUCAGUGCCUACCAGUGCACAUCAAUGCCACAUAGUGCCCAUCUGAGCUGCCUUUUAGUGUCACCCAUCAUUUCAGUCAGUGCCACCUAUCAAUGCCAUUCAGUACCACCUAUCACUG